AUGGGCUGUGCAGAUGCAGGCGUUGACAUCAUCGGAAUCCAAGAGCACAGGCUCAUCACAUCCAACUCCACAGAGGAAAUUUGCAAGUGGAUCAACUCUCUCCGCAACUGCCGUGCUUACAACUCGGUAGAAUUGGAUUCUGACCAUCGUAUCGUCAGCAUUCGGCUUGUCACCAGUCUGAGAACUAGCAAAGGGAAACCUUGCAAGAGACCUAAGUUCAACUGGAAGAAGCUGCAGGAUCCUGUCACGAGAGAGAUGUUUCAAUUGGAGCUAUCAAAUCGAUUCCAAGUUCUUAAUGUGGAAGACACACCAAGUCUUACAGAUAGAUAUGCACACUUUGAGACAGCGGUCAAGGAAGUUGCAGAGACAGUGGUUGGCAAGCGUGAGACUUGUGGAAUGCCAAGUUGGGUAUCAGACAAGACCAUCCGACUGAAAGUUGAAAGGGAUGAUGCCAAGAAGAAGUACUCCAUUUCAAAGUCUCGUCAAUCUAGAGAAGAUGGAGGAACCUGA